UUAUAUCCUUCUGACAUUAAUUCUUGUCCUGUCAUUGAAAUACAUAUUUUUUAUUAUUAAAUUCCUCUAAUGCUUUUUAGUUUCCCUAAUCUUAAUUUUGAAAAGCAAAUUUUAGAAAAGCACUUCAAGGGGCGAAUUGAAUUAAAUUAAAAAGUACAAUAUUGUAUUUUCUGACAAAUUACAUUUAAUAAUACAAUGUAGUUCAAGAGUCAUCUAUAUAAAAGUCUUUACACUUGCCACAACCGUGACUUUCGAUUCAAAUGGAUAUCGAACUUAUUUUACCUUGACAGUGCACCUCGUGCCUCUUUGCACUUUUAUUAGCAAAGGUGCGGGGGUGAAAAAAAAUUAUAACAUAGUUUGAUGAAUAUUAUUAUUAUACAUCAAUUCUUAUACAUCAUCUGUUUCAUACGUACAAAUUUUCAAAUUCUAGGAAGUACUUUGCAGCUGGAAAUGAUAUGCAAAAUACUUUUUUUUUCUAAAUUACAUACCAUAGUUGAGAAAGUAAACAUAUUUUUGAAAUUUAAAAAUCCAUAUAUAAUAGAGUUGAAAAAUAUUAACAUAAUAUUCUUCAGGUGUUGUAAAAACUUUUGUAACAAAUGUUUCUGAAUAUUGACAAUAAUUUGAAUAAUGAUGUGAAAUGUGAGUGUCGUUUUGCGACUAUGUAUUAUUUAAAGUGACAAUGAGAGAAUGUUUAUUUGAAACAUCGAGAGAUGAAACGUAGGAAGACAUGGAAGAGUGGUGUUCUCAACAUCCAUGACGGGAAUGAUAAUUUUGGGGCAUUUAGAGCCCCGGAGGAACUUUGAUAAUCCAUUUGUGCAAUCUUUGACGAAUAACAGUGAUUCUGAUAAUUGUUCUGUUCAAUAUCGGAAGACCUGGGAGAAAAUGACAUCUGCUUCUCAGCAAGGACAACCCAUUCAGUUGACACCACUUUGGGAAUAUGUGGUACGAACUCGAAAGUUUCCAUCGAACAUCGAUAUUCAGAUGACGUUCGAAGAGAUUUCGGAUAGAUUAAACGAUCCUGAAUGGGAGGUUCGCCAGCACGCUCUUCGGGUUCUAAUUGAUGUGCUACCAACCCUGGAAGGUGAUACAGUGGAUCAAUGCAUGAAAUCCGUAAUACCAGAGUUGGUGAACAAUUUGGGAAAUUCUGCACCAGCAGUAAGGAAAGGAUCUCUAGAUGCUUUGAGAGUUUUCCUUCUGCACAGUACCGACAGGGACAAAAUGAUCAAAAUAAUUUUACAGGAAGGAUUAAAUCGUCCGAAUACUUUGGACAAUUUCCAAACGAACGUCACAAUCGGAGUACUUUUGAGCAUACCAUUAUUGCUAUUCCCAUCGAAAGGAAUUUCCAGACCAUCAACACAAACUCUGAAGGAAGCGACCCAUUCCCUCCUUUCUCAUUUGAUCCAAGUAACACAUCAAGAAGCAGCACUUAAAUCAUUAAUAAAAAUCCGCGAAUUCGUUGGAACGCAAGAAUUCGAUUUCUACCUUGAAGGAAUCGAUAACCAAGUGAAAAAUGAUUUCGAAACACUUUGCGAUAUCUACCGGAUAAAAUUGAACGGAACUAGUAAAAGUGAUGAGGAUAUUAGGAAUACGUCAAAUAAUAGGGCAAUUUAUAACAAUUCACAUGUUGAUUUUAAGGAUUUGAAUAACGACAACAAUCCGUAUUCUAUGAAAGAAAUAUGUGAAAGUGGUAGCGAUACUUCUGGAAUUGUCGAAGAGGAUGAUGAAACCCUAUCUGGAGCAAUACCCCCUUCGCGUGUUGUACUCGAAACGGAAAUUAAAUUUAAUGAAGAAACCGCUAUUACAAUGACUAUCCUUGAGGAAAAGGAUCAGAAUAGUGACGAAUCGGAUGAUGACGACAACGAUUCUGAUGAGGAACAUGGAGAUUGCAGUUUGGAGCAAGAUUUUUCAUUGGAAGAAUUACAUAAAACCCCCAGGCGAGUACACUUUGGCGGAGAAAUCGUCAAACUUCGCACUCCAGACAGUGAUGAUACCGUUCUCUCAGUGAAGAAAACCCCAAAGACCAGAAUUCCAUUACCAAUAUCACCAGCGACGAAAAUGCCCCAAUCGGAUCUAAAACCCAAAGCAUCGUCUCAACCUAACAGUCCAACUCACAAACGUCUUCAUAAACCCCACCGUUCGCACUCCAGCAGUCCCAGAAGGGAAAUCUACAUACACAACGCAAAUCUAAGUCCUAAGAAGGGAAUACUAACCAGAACCAAUAGUCCACUAUUCUUUGAUUUCAUCAGCACUUCUAGAAAUUCAAGGAGGAAGAGUUCGGGCAGAAGGGGCCGAGUGGAUUCAGUGGAUAUUCUUGCUCAAAGGCAGAUGGAGAGGAAUUUCCAGCAGGGCGAAACAAUCUAUCAGCAGAGUGAGGGAAAAGCAUUUCACGUCUGUCCCGAGACGGAGAGAAAUGAUGGGGACGAACAUCAUUAUCCAAAGGAAUCUCCAAAGAAAAGAUCAGAAUCUCCCAAUGAUUCUUUCAUUGCGGAAGCAAGUCGCUUUACCGAGAGUGCAAAAACCAGACCAUCACGAAGAAGAAGUUUAGCAAUAGCAGAAGAGGUACCUACUCUUUCUACACUCGCAACCGUUUCGUCACCUCAAUUAGAAACGAAUGGAGAUAUCGACCCGGAUUUGAAUCUUCCCGAGUCUAAAAAUUCCAGUCCAACCCGAGGAUCCCCAAGUCGUAGAAGGUCUUCCAGUUUCGAGGUGUUUCCACGUCAAGAAAGAAACUACAUUCUUAUGGAAUUAUCCAGUCCGGUGAAGCAGAAUAAUCAGAAGAAGGACUCAUCACUAGAGGACAAUUCCCCAUUUGGUUCUAUUGUUAAUCCUGACAGUGAUUUUGAUUCGAACGAUAAAGACACUAUUGUGGCAGAUAUUGAUGUGAAAGUUAAAUUGGAGUCUAAUGUUGUUGAAGUGAAAGAAACUCCACUAAUCGAAGAAAGUUCGACAGUAGAUGAUUUUAAACUAGACAAGGGUAAAGUAGAGGAGGUCUUGUUGGGUAAUAUUGAAAAACGUGAAUCAUCAGCUGAAAAACAUGGUUCAGUUGUUGAGAAACAGGAUGUGCAGAAUGGUGUCCCAAUUCCUAGUGAACGUAAAUUACAAGCCACUGGUGAAAAAGUGACCCCUAAAGUUCGGGAUACAAAUUUACCAGCGAAGAGUGAUUUGAAGAACAACGAACGUAAUUGGGAAGAGCUGGGUUUGGUGGACCAAGAAGUUCUCCAGGACUUGCACAAUAAGGAUGACUGGAGGGCUAGAGUUCGGGCACUGGAACGAAUUGCAUCAGUUCUCAGAAGAUCAUCAGCAUUGGUUGCUAUCGAACCUCGAUUAGGAUCGCUCUUGCAUGCGGUACUAGGAGGAGAAAGAAGUUGCAGAGUUGCGGCAGCUGGUCUUGAUGUUGCACGGGUUGUACUGACCGGAGUUUCUGAAGACGCUCUUAAACGAAGACUGUCAUUAAUUGCUUGGGGUUUGGCUCGACAAGGUGGCCCCAAUGCUGCUCAACUUGCAAGAAUUGCAAUGCUUAGACUGAGACCCGCACUUUUUUUAGAGCAACUAAUGCAACCUCAAUGUAUAGGCGCUAGAAAUGCAAAGACAAGGGAAAACACAUUGCAGUUGUUAAUAUUUUCUUUAGUAACGUUUCCAAGUACUGAAUUCAAUGUGAAAACUCUUACAAAUAAGAUUGUUGUUAUGGUUGGUGAUCGACGUCGAAGAGUUCGACAAGCUGCCUUGGAUACGCUGGCAGUUUUGGCACAAAUCUACGAAACGGAGGAUAUACUACAAGUUGCAAAAGAUGUGGUUAAAGAUCGUCAUGAACGUCUGUCGAUAGUCGCAGCAAUAAGAGCCCGCCUUGCCAGAAAGUCGUUGCCAAUGGUGUCGGCUGAUGGUCUUGUUGUUUACGGAUUGCAGAUUUCACCAACUACUCAAAUAACCACUGGUGCUGAUGUAGAUUGGAUUGUAGCUGGAAGUGGUUCAGUAUCACCAGGCACAGGUCGAACAAGAGGACAAAUAAUUGCCACAUCCAAAGUAGCAAAUGAAUUAACCAGAAGAAAUGAAGAGGCGAAAAACAGUGAAAAUCGGUGGGCAGACUCCUCUAACGUAUACUCAGCAAGAGCCGAAGGUCCUGGUGAACAUUAUUUUGGAAAUAAGAUUAAGAGUGGCAGUAGAUUUCAAAAAAGUAUCCGACAUAAGGAGAAUAAUAAUAUUGAGGCAGCGGUUUCCAGCGAAAGUGUUAUCAAUUUCGAAGUUGAUCAAAGGUUAGAAGGUAAAUGUCGUGAAUUGUGCUCAGCACCAGGCAAAAUAAAUGAAACUUCGCUUGACGAAUCUGAAAAUUCGGAAAAAGUAGAUAAUUUCAAUUCUUAUAGAACUGAUUCGAAAGUUAAACAUUAUACACCUAAGAUUGAUGAUGUAUCUGAAGAGAAGUUUCGCAUGAGCAGUGCGCCUCCGCAAGAAAAAAUUAAUUUAAAAGUUGAGUCCAGAAUACCAAUUCUAAAUUCACGAGGGAACGAUAUGAAGGAUUCUGUUAACGCGCAGAGAAGAAAAAGUGGAACGCAAAUUCAUGAAAAACCACAUUCGAGUAUUAUGAACGGCAAAAUUUCGAGUAGUCAAUUCGAACGAAGUUCUAGCAAAAUUUCCGAACAUAAUGAAAGAAGAAGAUCUGGUAAUCUUUACAAGAAGAGAAAAAAUUUGUUAGAGUCAAGUACAAUUCAGUCUCAAGUUCAAUCCUCAGCAAGUUAUACCGUGAAUUAUUCUUACGAUUCAAAUUACGCCAAUUAUUUAUUACCCUCGCAAGUAAUUCCGACUCCUACAGCAAUUAGUAAUAACAGAUCAAUGAAUAAUGAAGGUAGGCCAAAAUCUUUAUCGGGAAAGGGUAAAAACACAAACAUCCUAUCACAUGAUCUUCAUAAUAAUUCCGAAAAGCAAAUACUGAGGACUCCGGAAAUUUUUAAAUACUCAAAGAAUGAUUCCAAACAAUCAUCGUUUCGACCACCGACUUAUGAAGAAACGUAUUCUUCAAUUUAUCAGAGACAACUACGGUAUAUGGAAGACAAUGUAGUUCGUCAGUCACCAAACAGAUCUGUUUCAUUUAGACAAAAUCAUUUUGAAUCUUUGGGAAAAAAUAUUUCAAGAAAUGAUAAUUUGAAGAAUAAAGUGGAUCAAGAGUUAAAAUUAACUUCCUCUCCAAAAAAUACUGAGAAAUCAUCAAAAUUACACAAUGCUAAUAAAUCUUUGGAUGACGAUAAAAUGUUUCCUCCAGUUUCAUUUGGUCCGAGUUACAAUUCAAUCUACAAUCCUUCCUACAACAGUGAAAAAGCGGGAGCUGAUGAAGAAACUUACAUUGAGAGAAACAGGAGGAAAUCAUCAACCCACAAUAUCAACUAUGUGGAAAGUAAUCAAGAAGAAAAGACUCAAAAUCAGGUGCAAAGCAUAUCACGAGCAGCCAGCGCAAGCAGUACCCUAUCAAAUGUAUCAAUUGACGGGAAUCUGAAAAUUAACAUUGAAAACGAUCUUCCUGAUCAUAAUGAGACAUUAAACAGCAACAAAAAUAGCCGAUCUCCUUCAUUAAAAAUUUCAACAGAGGACAAAGCUUUUGAUAUCAUUUCCGAAAAACUAAGUCCAAUUAGAAGAAAUUCAUUCGACUCCUUUACUGUUGCGAAUACAAAAUCACCUCUACCUUUAAAAUCGGAUGAUGCGAAUGUUGACAAACCCUUAAGUUCAGAAGAAGAGGACGAAGAAAAAGACAAUGAUGAUGACGAUGAUGAUUCUUUUGAAAGAACUGAAACUUUAGUAAAGUACAAUAAUGAGAAGGAAACUUUUAACGAGAGUGAAAAUAGUUCGGGAGAGGAUAACGUAUCAAGAAAUAUGGCUCGCACAAAAUCAGCUUCUUCAAUUUUAUCCGUGGAAAGUGCAUUGACUGCAAAAACAUCUGCAAUACUAAAUUCCGGUCUUUUGUCCAGUCAAUCAUUACGUGAAUUAAAUGAAGUUUCACCUUUAAGUAAAACCUUCAGUCCAAAUAAGUCAAAUCCAAAUUUUUCCAAUCGCUCUCUUUCAAACAGAAAUUCAGCAUCAUCAUUGGAACGUAUUCGCAGUCCACAGAAAAAGUGGAGUUCAAGUACAAUUGAUGAAACUGAUGGAACUCAAAAUUCUUCCGCCUACCCUCUAAAGAACAGUUCCUUCGAGACUCUUGAUUUCCGAAAUUCGCACAUCGAUGGUACAAAUUCGAAUGCCAUUCUCGCAAUGUCUAGAACUCAAACACCGGAAAUUUUUGAACGAGAAAAUGAAUCGCGAAUUAUUGACUCAAGUAGUUCGGAAAACACCCAAUUGUCUCAAAAAACGCCUCAACGUUUCAUUUCGGACCCGAUAUCACAUAAAGAAGAUACUUCAUCAACCCAAUCAACAGGUUCUGAGGAACCACUUGAAACCGUUGGCAAUGAAAAUAAUGGAAAUGCAAAUCAUAAUACAGUUCCACCUACAGCUUAUCAAUUGGCAUCUAGAAGGCAGCCUACAAAACUUAACAUGAAACCGAGAGGUAAUGUUUUAAGGGGAUCACGAAAUUCUGAAAAGGACAAGGCGAAGAUACAAUUGCAACAAUGUUUCUCUCAACUCGAAAGCAAAGACUGGGAAAUUACAAUGAAAGGCCUGCAUACCUUAUCGCAAAUUGCGAAACAAUCUCCUGAGCAACUAGACUCUUACACUCCUGGAACAAUUGUUCGAUUACUGGGAAAGCACGUUCGGAAUUUGAGAUCUCAAGUUUCUAGAGCGGCAUGCCUGGCUGCUGGAGAUAUUUUCGGUUUGCACAUACGAGGAAUCGAUCAAGAUCUGGAUGUACUAGCUGGUCCCUUACUCAUUCGAACUGCAGAUACAAAUAAAUUUCUCCGGGCUGACAGUAAUGCUGCACUGGAUUGUAUGGUGGAACACCUUCCUCCCAAUCGAACCAUUGUCAUGAUCGUAAAUCAUGGUGCCACGCACCAAAACGCAAUUGUUCGUGCAGCGACAGCAAGACUUUUGUGCGCAGUUGUUGAUCGUAUAGGGCCCGAUUAUGUAAUGCUUCUACCUCGAGAUGUACGGGACAAGUUACUGAGCACUGGAGCUAAACUUCUGAUAGAUGGAAAUCUUAACGCUAGGAAUCAUGCUAAAGAAAUAUUCCGACGACUCAUUCACUGCGAGGGAUUCAAGAAAGCAUUAAAGGAAGCUGUACCGGAAUCAACAUUACGUAACAUUGAAAAAACUCUUAGGUCUCUUUAGCAUAUAGAUGAACAUUUUUAAGACCAUUUUUAAAUUCAUUUGUUAUCGCGAUAUAUUAAAAUAGAGUGUGAUUUUAAAAGAAAUAGAGAUUUUAUCAUACUUGAUGAUUAAAUGCACAUUUGUUUGUAAUCUUCCACUUUACUUGUGAAACGAUAGGCAUGAUUGAAAUCCGAGAAACUCGCAUGAAUGAAAAAUAGAGUUGAAUUCUAUUCAGGUAGGAUAAAAUUUUAGUUUUUCAUAAGAAUAAUAAUAUUGAAAAGAAAUCUGGUUAUACAAAUAAAAAACAUUUGUAAGACUGGAAAAAGUUGAGAUAAAAAUUAACGAAUAAUUUAUUUCAACAAAGACUGGUUUAAUAACUCUUAAAGAUUUUAACUCUAUAAAUAGUCUUUUUGAAAAUGUAAACAUAAUCAGAGUGCCUUUAUAAACUGUCGAAAUUUGAUUUUCAAUUUUCUGUAAUAUUUUUUUAUCAAUGACGCUUUAACGUCUAACAUUCUUUCUAAGAAAAUUAGUAGAAAAGUCUGAAAUUAAACGGUAACAUUGACUGACUUUCAAAUGUUAUUUGAAAAAAAAAUUACAAAUGAAGAAAUUUUAAAUGAACAAUAAUUUUCAUGCAAUUACACAGAAAGGUUUUUAAGUUCAUAUAUGAGUAGGAAAAUCGUGCAUUUAUAUAUAAACAAGAUUUUUAACAUUUUUUCUAAAUUACCCACACUGAAGUUUGAAAUUGAAAAUCAUUUUAAAAAUUUUAUUUCCUAAGCUCGAUAAUGUCCUCCAAACACUUGUAGGAUUUUGAAAAAUUACUCACAUAGGAAGUGAUGUUUCGGAAAUAUUUUAUCGAAAGGUGUGCUUCGAAGGAAGUCGGUAGACGAACUGACUGAAAACACUGGGAGAGAGGAACUUAUAAAGCUUCGCGUCAGCUCGACAAGGGCGAGUGGUGGGGGAAAGAGGGCGACGCGUCUUGUGUGCGCCGUCGUCAUUCUCUCUCUGGCUGCGAGCUGUACGUGACUAGGAUGGCUAUGCCAUAUAACAACCUUUCAUUUACUUUGCAUUAAAAUAUUUCAAAUAUAUAUAAAAUUCUGUCUGGAAGCAUCAUGAAUUAUGUGAGUAAUAUUUCAAAUUUUUUUAAACAAGUGUAAUUAUAAUAGUCCAAUUUAAAACUAAUAUAAAUUAUUAAUAUUACUAAAUAGAUAACAUUUAUUUAAAAUAUUACAUAUUUUCUGGUCUAAUGAUUAUAACUAUUACUUUUAUGAAUUUAGUUCAAAUAUUUGCAUUAUUUAUUAAUUAAAUUCAACGACCAAUAUUGACUUGUAAAUAUUAUAAAAUCAUGAAUUCGCCGCAUUGAUUUUUGCGCACAAUUUCAUAUCAUUUACUUUCAUUAACAGGAAUAAGAAAAAUUUAUUAAUUAUAUAUUAAUUUAGUAAAAUUUACUCUAUCUUUUAAAAAUAGUUUCUGCCGAUUAGAGAAAAAU